UGGAAUGUCCAUUUCUUCUAUCCAUAAAUAUAUACUUAUAUAUAUCUUCUUCCCUCUCCAACCCACUUCCAUUUCCUGCAACAUACAGCUAGCUAUCAACCAUUUCCAUUGAGCUUUUAAAAGGGGGAGGAAUAAUUAGAAUAAAAAAUUAAAAAAAAAAAAGAGAUGGAUUUUGGGAAUCAUCACCAUCAUCAUCCUCAAGAAGAGUUGGAUGAGGAGUCAUCACAUCAAGGGAAAUCUCUAUCUUCAUCGACAAACACAGUGCGGGGAAAGAUUGAGAUAAAGCGGAUAGAGAACACGACGAAUAGACAAGUCACCUUUUGCAAACGCCGCAACGGCCUCCUCAAGAAAGCCUAUGAAUUGUCUGUUCUUUGUGAUGCUGAGGUUGCUCUUAUUGUCUUCUCUACCCGCGGCCGCCUCUACGAAUAUGCUAAUAACAGUGUUAGAGCUACUAUUGACAGAUACAAGAAGCACCAUUGCGAUUCCACAAAUUCAGGAUCUAUUUCAGAAGCUAACACUCAGUUUUAUCAGCAAGAGGCAGCCAAACUGCGCCGCCAAAUAAGAGAGAUUCAAAUUUCAAAUAAGCAAAUUGUUGGAGAGUCACUAGGAACAUUAAACCAAAAGGAGCUCAAAAAUCUGGAAGGGAAACUUGAGAAAGCCCUUGGAAGAGUCCGUUCCAAAAAGAAUGAGUUGGUUUUCUCUGAGAUAGAACUGAUGCAAAAGAGGGAGAUUGAGCUGCAAAAUGCCAACAUGUAUCUUCGAGCAAAGAUAUCAGAGUUUGAGAGAGCAGCACAAGAGCAAAUGAAUAUGAUGUCGGGAUCUCAUCAUGAGUACCAACAGCAGCAGCAGCAGCAGCCUUAUGACGACGGCCACAACUUUUUUCCCAUCACUCUCCUUGAACCCAACCAGCAUUACUCUCGCCACGACCAAACAGCUCUCCAACUCGUGUGAAAACAGAUCAGGUGUGUGGCUGGGAACUAUAUGAAAAUGCGAUCUGUUCAACUCUGUCCUGAGAAUAUAUGUUGUCCAGAAACCUUGUUUGUUUUUCUUCUUAUAGCUGUGUAAAAUCUCGUGCACGAACAUCCAACAAUUUAUUUCACUUCCAUGGAUUCCCUCUGCUAGCUAAUUCAUUAGCUGCUUGUGCUUAAGAAUUUCAAUUGGUUUGUGAAAAGAAAAGUAUUGUUUGAUC